AAAAGCUAGCUAGCUAGCCAGCUAGCAAUGCCGCCUCGCCGCUUCCCCUUCGUGGCCGCGGCCACCGCCGCCGCGCUCCUACUCGUCGUCACCCUCCUCCUGGCCGGCGCGACCGCGGCCGACGAAGCCGCCGCGCGCGGCAGGAGGAGCCCGGCGUCCAGCUUCCUUGACCCGCACAACGCCGCGCGGCGCGCGGUCGGGCUGCGGCCGCUGCGGUGGGACGAGGGGCUGGCGGCGUACGCGCGGCGGUACGCGGCGGCGCGGAGCAGCGACUGCGCGCUGGUCCACUCGCACGGACCCUACGGGGAGAACCUCUUCCGCGGGAGCGGCGGCGCCGGGUGGACCCCCGCCGACGUGGUGAGCGCCUGGGUCCGGGAGCGGGCGCUCUACGACCCGCGCGCCAACGCCUGCCGCGGCGCGCCCGGCGCGUGCGGGCACUACACGCAGAUCGUGUGGCGCAGCACCACGGCGGUCGGGUGCGCGCUCGUGACCUGCGGCGGCGGCCGCGCCACGUUCGGGGUCUGCAGCUACAACCCGCCCGGCAACUACGUGGGCAUGAGGCCCUACUGAUCGGUCGAUGGAAAAGGCGUGCGCGUUACGUGGAGCUCCUCGCGUCCGCCAUGUCUCGACGUGGAGAGGCAUGCACUGCAGCGUUGAUCAUGUCAUACGGAUUACGGAGAAAGGUUAAUUUGUGUCAAUUUUUCUUACGGUGAUCUCGCGAUUA